AUGGUCUCCCACAAUGAACCAUAUGACCCUCAAUCCCCUACUCUGGCUCAGCUACAAGCCCGUGCUCUGGCCUCUCAACAGCCAUCACACUCUGAACCUGAACUAGUAGUCACUACCCCACCCCCUGAACAAAAUCCAACUACAUCUGAACCACCUCAAACACCACCACCCGUACAACAACCAACACACUCACCCUCUAAAUCAAAUCCACAACCUGAACAAACAACACUGACACCCUCUGCCAUUCCUACACCAACAACUUCAGUUGCCUCCAUCACUCCCGCACUAAAUAUCAGUGCCCCCAACUCACCUUUUCCAUCCUCUCCAGCCUCUGCCAUUGAACUAGAAACAACCUUCCCUACCCUAGAAGAAGCAAUACAAGUUUUUGCAGAGUCUUCAGUAGAGAAGAUCAAGCCUCUGAUCAUCAAUUAUGGCAUCAGUGAUGAUCCCUCUGAACGGAUCAAAGAAGCUGAAGAAAAGGCUGUUGCUGCUACUGUGUCUGCUGCUGAGGCUGAGGAAAAAGCUAAAGUUGAAGCUGAAGAAGAAACUCGUCUAGUUGCAGAAGAAGCUACCAAGGCCAAAGCUGCUGCUCUAACUCAGGGGGAGCACUCCAACUCUGGGUUCGUCCCUCUGGUCUUGAAGAUUCUGGAGGAACUGCAGAAAGAACAAUAA